AUGUCAAAGGUUCUUAACCUAAAGGACAAUGAAAUGAAUGACCUGGCUGACUUCCUAGGCCAUGACAUUAGAGUCCAUCGUCAGUUCUACAGAUUGCCUGAAGGUACAUUACAGCUUGCAAAAAUCAGUAAAGUGUUGCUGGCGCUGGAAAGAGGACAGCUCUCCAACUUCAAAGGAAGAAAUCUGGAUGAGAUCAGCAUUGAUCCACAAGAGAAAAUGUCUGUGGACAGUGGAUCAGACACUGAAGAGGAGGUUGACUCAGCUGAGAGGGAUCCUGCAACUUCAUCUUCCAGAUCACCAGAUCAAUUUGGGGUGACCAGGAGAUGCACCACUGAAGGUGGACAAAACAAAGAUCUGCCUUCAGCCAAAGAGAGAUCAAAUGACAAGGUACCGGUGGCCAUGGAAGUCUCUGGCAACUCCAACACAACUAAAGGGCCAUCACAUAGGAAGAGAGUGAAGUGGAGCCAAGAAGAAAUCCAGGCGGUGGAGAAAACGCUCAUGGACUGUAUUGACUCUGGAACGGUUCCUGGGAAAGCCCAGUGUAUGAAGUGCAUUGAAGCCUCACCAGUGGCCCUUGAGAACAGGACAUGGCAAGCGGUUAAGUUCUAUGUGAAAAAUCGCAUAGAUGCAUUAAAACGAGAGACUUUCACAAAAAGGUAAGCGUUGACCUUUUAUUAAAGUGAAUGGAAACGGGCCAUUUGUUAGUACCAUAACCACGCCAGUUCUGUUUGGAGAUUGAAAGUUUUGAAGUUUUGGGACAGCUGCAGUCAGGUUUUGUAAUAGAAGUAUGUAUACAUAUUGCAUGUUCAUGUUUAUGAAUACGUAUUGAUGAAUACAUAAAUUUUUAUUUUUUCAUUUGUUUUACAUGUUGGCUUUUAUGUAUAUUUUUUUUGCCACAAGAUUGAAAUAUUAUAAACUGUGCAAUAAAAUGGUUUGCAUAAAACCAGAAAGGAGAGUCCAGUAUUGAUGGUUGGCAGUAAACAGGUUACCAGUACUUAAAAAUAAUUUUUAACAAAAAAGAAUCAAAUAUAAUGUGGUUUAUUGACUUAUUUAUUGCUUAUAUUUGACAUCCUCAUAUAUCUCAGUGGUCCCUAAAACUUAACAGUGCCACCUGGUGGAUAAGUCAAAUGAGCAGGUCCCCAUGUGGAGCCAAAAACCUGAAAGAUUAAAAUUUUCUAAAUUUGAUUAUUUUUUAUAUUAAAGAUGAUAUUUCAUGUUCAAAAAAAUAGAAGACUAAAAUUAACCUAAAACCAAGCCUCUAGAUCGUUUAGAAAGUUGGGUCCCCACGUGUAACCACCUAGUCAGGGGCCUAAAGAGAGUCCCCACGUU